UGAGACCCUCCGAAAGGAACUUGGAGACUCUCUCUUCCACGUCCUGAACUCUGAUCCUUUGCUUUUCCUCGGCCCCUUUCAACCUGCUUGUGCUUGACACCCUCUACUCCCCCCGACCUGCCAACCGAUCACGUUCAAAGGGACUGACCACCCUUUAUGAUGCCUUAGAGGCUCCUCUGGUGGUGCUCGUUGACCCGCUCUCGCCGUCUCCGACUCGCUCUCUCGCUCCCUCUCGCACGCGCGCCCUCGCCUCGAUGUGUUUGGACCCGCUCUCGAUUCCUCCUCUCACUUCCGGCGCAUACUUCCAGCGUCCACCACAGCUCGAGCAUUCACCCUCCUCGGCGCCUUCGAUUUAUUCCUCACAUCGACAUUAUCCCUCUUAUCUGGCCCGUGCGCGCGCAUUGUGAUCCAUGGUUCACGAAUCCCUUCACAUCCCCCGCGGACUGCGAUGUCGGUGAACGAUCAGCCCCCCUCCGCGGAUACUUCAUUCUCCCAGCUCGCGAGCCAGCCCUAUACCUCCGACCUGGAGAUACUCAACCGCCGAUUGAAACGACUCUCCGACGACGUGCUUCCCCUCCAUCCCUACCUCCUCACCCUUCCCACGAAUGCGCCGUUCCGUCUCGGGUCCCGUUCCGCCAACAGCAAUUGGGCCGUGGGACAUGACCGUCCCUUUAGCCACGACGAGCAGCAACUUCAGUAUAUGACCUUUCUGACACACCACGACACCGAUUCCUUACUGGCUGCGGUGGGCGACUGGUCCGACGAGUCGGGUCGCAUGAUGCUCGAUCAACCUUCGGGUCCGAGGACAACCACCGAGCAGCAACCUCGAGAAACCGUGGCGAAGAAGAAGAUUAGCUUGAACGACUAUAAGAACCAGAAAACGACCGGAGCGGCUCCUUCCCCAUCGCCAGCAAUUCAUGAUCAGAGAGGCCGGGACCGUUCUAACUCGGACCGGCGCGACCACACACCGCGCGCUCCUAACCCGGAGUCUGUAAGGAAACACGAGAAGCAGGAGAAGCCCGAAUCACAGCAUCGAAAUACCCCGAAACUAGCCCCAGACCUUUCUCCCUCCAAAACAGCCAAGAAGCGACCCCCAACGACGGACACCGAGCAAGGAAGUUCACACGCGACCAAGGAUACCAACAUGCAUUCUUCCAAGAGACCACGGUUAUCACCCGAGAAAGAGUCGCGCAAAGAAGUCACACCCGCCAAAUCACUUCCAAUUCUCCUCUCUCCAACCCUUCCUCCUUCGCCCGGCCCAGACCGGGCUCCGGGACCGAGACUACCGCGGUUAUUGUCUCCGACCCUACCCCCAGAGAUUGAGAAGGAACUGGCGCAGCUCAAGGAAAGUUCGCCAGGCCAGAGUUCCCCCAGGCGCGACAAUGCAUUAGCAAAGCCGAGGCGAGACGAUAUAGGUCACUCUCGAACUCCUACAUCCGCCAAUAGUGGCAGCAACUCGAGUCUACCCAGCAGCCGCACGGGUGCUUCGACUAAGGAUUCAUAUCCCUCCCGGCUGAGUCUGAUUGUGAAAUUGCGCUACGGCAAGGUGAACCGGAAACGAGUUGACGCCCUGCUCAAAUUUUCUGGUAAAAGGAAAGCCCACCGUGCAGAUUCGCCGUCGGGUCAAGACACCGAGGCGGAUGAGGUCCCCCUUGUCGAUCGAAGGAAAGACCCUGGGCCCGCUCGUGAAAAACCACCGCCAGAUCGAGUCAAACCCAAGAUUAAGCCUGACGCUGCUGAAACGACACCCGGUCCCACCAGCAGCAGUGCCCGCUUGAAGGAACCACGACCAUCGGUUGAGAAAUCUCACCUGCCGACGCCAGACAAGGUCAAGACUACCUCGUUGACACCCGUCAAAGAUCUCAAGGGCUAUGGAAAUCGUCGAAACGACCCCAUGGACGGCGAAGGCAAGACACCCGUCAAUCCGGCCACUAAACGUCUCUCGGUCGACCCUGGCACCAAGGCAUCACCCUCCAAACCAGAUCGUUUCCGCAAUCACGAACAACGAGAUCAGGAGCGGAGGGCCUGGCAGGAAGAUUUCAAGAAUUUUACCAAAAUGGGUCGAGACCUGAAACAUGCCGCCGAUCGAUAUAAUAACGGACCCUCCGCUACCGAUGAGAAACUGGCCGUCGUGACUGCUCUCGAAGCGAUCAUGUGUUUUGUCCUCGCCUUCGUGGCCGACGACCAAGCGAAAGCUCUCCUUCGGCAAGGAGGAGACUCGUCCGCCUGGCGUUCCAUUAUACCAUUUUGGCGCGCCGUCAAGAAGAACAGCGUCUCCUUUCCAAUUUUGCAUAGUCUAUGCCAGCUCCUGGGUGCAGUUUCUUACGAUACUAUCCACGCAUUGGACCUCGAACGUCUCGCCGUCACUCCGCUACCCGGAGAACACACCCCGGUACCCACCCCGGGCAGCGACGGCAACACCGUGUUAGCGGACGAGAAUAAGAAGAGCCUCAAGGAAUUCGCGGAACUUAAAAGCCGCCUGUUGGAACACUACAAGGAGUCGCAGAAGUUGUGGCUCGAUGGUUCUCGCGGUCUUUCUGAGGACGUCCUCAGCCGAGACUUCUCUACCACCUGGUCUCGGCGCUCUCAUCAAUAUACCGAGCGAGGUAAAGCAUCUCUAAAGCCAGGAGAUUACUCCGGUGAAUAUUUCCUUCCUCUCGGAGCGGCCACUCCACCCAUCGAAGUAGUUCGCUUCGGCCGGUCUCUCUUGAAAGAAUGGUGCUCACAAGAAGGCGUGGAAUGGCAAGGUCGCUUGACCCUUUGACUUUAAAGCUUUUUGGAUUCUUUUUUUGAAGCUUAUCCAGCGAUAUUCUCAAUUGUUAAUUUUGCACCUUAUUCUCAACCUCCUUCCCCACCACCCCUCUCUCUCGCUCUCUUUCCCUCUUUUUCACCACGUUUCGAGGAGGCCAGGCUCCCAAGUAAUUCGGCGUCUCAGGGUGUGCAUUUUGAGUGAUUUGUUUUUUUCUUCCGCCAUGAUACCAAUGAGCCCUGGAUGUGUUUCUAUUUUUUUCAAGUAUAGGUAUUUGAGAUGUUAAGAUAUAUCACGGCCAAUACAGAUCAACUUCAUCAGUAUUGUGAUUUAUUUAGGAUGGUAUUAAUGACACGACAG